AUGUUGCCUCAAAACAAGGACCAGGUGCUGCUACAAAACGCAGUGUCCCCUGGGCCCCCUGCUCAGGGCCUCUCACAACUUGUGGACUCCCCUCCCCCAAACCGACAGCCUCCCCCUCCCCAUCAAUCACUUCCUCCCUCCCAUCCACAUUUCCCCUCUUCCCCUCAAUCCCAGCUACCAUUCUCUCCUCCCCCACACUCCCACUCUCCAGACUCAUGCUUCUCUUCUGACUCAAAUUCUGACUCGGUCCCGCAUCUGAACUCUUCCCCUCUCCCAUCUUCCCCCACUUUCUUUCACCAGAAUUAUCCCUCUCUCUCCCUUCCGCGGUCAUCCUCUCCCUCUAACCUGCUCUCCUCCUCUCCCUCUCAGCCACAGAACUCCUCUCUCCCCAGCUCACCUUGCUACUCUCCUUCCCAUCCCGAAGGCCCACCUAGGCCCACACUUACUUCCCCCAGCCCCAGCCUACCUUCUGGGGUCCACUCUUCCAGGCAGACACGGCACUUGCAUCAGUACAGGGACUCCGGGUCCCCUGGAGUGGUAGGGGGAUGCGUGGCAAGCGAGAGGGACCCUGCAGAGUUCAGGGACCCAGGGGCCCUGGCCCAGGCCCUGGUAGUCCAUCUGGGGCACCGCCGCAUCGCACACGACCUGCGUCUACUGCUUUUGCAGCGCCUGUGGCUAGGCAGAACCGGCCAGGCCCCAGUCGUGGAGUAUCCUAUAUGCCUGGUGUGUCUCCGUCCACGCAGCCCCUCCUGCCCCAUCCCCAGGUACAGGACUGGGCCCCGGUUACUGGCCUUUCCCCAACUACUGCCCUGUGCACAGGGCCAGGAGUCUGGGCCGCUCCGCAUAGGCAUCGGCUUCGGCCUCCGCCUACCUCGGGGCCAGGCCAGGGCCUUGCAUCUGUUGCCAGAAAGAAGUCUGGAGGAAGUAGGACGUCAGGGAGAGACUGCUCAGGCCCCUGGGUGUCAAGCCCGGGCAAUUCGGGCACCAGCAUCUCGAGCCACAGUGGCUCAGGCCCGGGCAGAUACAGCCCCAGGCACACCUUCCCAGACCAGGAGUCUCAGGUCGCCAGGCCCUCAAUCACUAAACUCCACACGCAGCUCAGGGCAUCCCCUCCACGCACCAAGACGGGCCACUGCCUCUCUGAGGCCCAAGCCUUCCUCUGCCCCCAAGUCUGUCUCUUCAGAGCCCAUUCCCCCAAGUUCACCAUCCUAG